GGAGUUACUCCCUGCUCCCGUUAACCCUGGGCUCAGUUGGGAUUUCCAGUCAUUAGCCCCGGCCACAGCUUCAUGUCAUGGAGAUUUACGUGUCCCUUUCGCUGGAGCUUGGGAACCUGACCUGCCCCAGGAACUUUAUGAAGUCUGGCUUCCCCGGCUCUUAGGACACCAGAGCAGAAGAACUUGAAAAGAGAAUUAAAAAAAAAAAAUCAUGAUCCUUGAUGUUUCUGAGAUGAACUCCUUCUAACACAACUGGCAACUCUGUCUCAGAGAUGGAGGACAGACAGACUCCUCGCCCUUCAGAGGAGGUAUUUGCCCCGCAGGAGAGAGAACGGGAGUGAUCCGAGCCUUUGCGCUGGUUCCCUCCCCCCACCCGCCCUGGGUUUUCUCAGAGGUCCUGGGUGGGGGGAAUUCGGGUUGUGCAUGAGCUCUGGACCCAGAUCUGCGGCAGCUCCAGACUCUGCUUCUAGAGACCCGCACUUCUCUGCUUUCAAAAGCAUCUGUGAAACCAGGCCCCAUUCCUUUCUCUGUAGUCACUAGAUUCCUUUUUUGGGGUUGGCAGUGGUGCCGCAGCCCCAGGACCUGUGAGGGCAUGUGAGUGGCGGUGGGGCUGAGACUUGCCCUGGGGGGUUCUGAGUGUGCCAGCACAGGGUGUUCCGCUAGUCUCCCUCCCCUCCCUUCCCAGUUCCUCCGCCCGCUCGCUCCCACAGACUCUGGGAACCCUGAGGUGGGAGAGAGCUCUUACCCGGGGAAGCGGAGCCAUCAGAUCGCCCCAGCUGCCUACACUUUGUUCUCAGCUUCCCUUCCUCAUCCCUCCAGCCACUCCCAGGGUCUGAAGCACCAGCCCCAUCUGAACACCCCUCCCACUUUGACGGAGGCUGGGCUGGCCAGGGGGUUAUUUUGGGAGCAGCUUCUGAGAUCCAAUGGCCUUGUUAGGGCAACACUGACCUUUCUGUCCCGGGAGGAGGGCAGGAUUGGACAGGGGCGGGGCAGCCUCGAGGAGAUCGACGGCCCUGCACACCCCACACCCACGGGUGGAGGCGAAGGGGCCAGCGGGCUGCAGGAAUUCAGCCUGGGGGCUGGGACGGUCACCCAGGGGAAUUUCCCUCUUUGAGACGGACUGGGGUCCCCGCCACCCCACCCUUUCGCUGUGCUUCUUAAAGGGAUCACAGCGUUUUUCCUUUGACUCCAUGGAAGCCAGACUCGGGAUGCUCUGUGGAGGCUUUGAAUCUCUCCUUCCUGCUUCCUUCCCAACUGGCAGCCUUCCUCUGGCUGACUGAGAGGGGCCUCCCAGGCAUGGCACUGACCAGCCCACCCAGUGCUGACUUGGCUCCUGGGCUCACUCAGCCUCUGGUGGCAUCUUGCUUUCCCCCUGCUGGGGUGCGGCGGUGGUGAGUGGGGGGCCCCGGCCUGAGCAAGCUUGGAGCGUGCCGCUGGCACCCCCAUCGCCCUCGACCCCCAAGCUGGAGGGCAGUCAGGUUGUCGGGGGCUAUGAUGAGAUGAGUGGGGGCCGCUUUGACUUUGACGACGGCGGGGCGUACUGUGGAGGCUGGGAGAAUGGAAAGGCCCACGGGCACGGGCUGUGCACAGGCCCCAAGGGCCAGGGCGAGUACUCGGGCUCCUGGAACUUUGGCUUUGAAGUGGCGGGCGUCUACACCUGGCCCAGCGGCAACACCUUCGAGGGAUACUGGAGCCAGGGCAAACGGCAUGGGCUGGGCAUAGAGACCAAGGGACGCUGGCUCUACAAGGGCGAGUGGACACACGGCUUCAAGGGACGCUAUGGAACCCGGCAGAGCAGCAGCAGCGGAGCCAAGUACGAGGGCACUUGGAACAACGGCCUGCAGGAUGGCUACGGCACCGAGACCUAUGCAGACGGAGGGACUUACCAAGGCCAGUUCACCAACGGCAUGCGCCACGGCUACGGUGUGCGCCAGAGCGUGCCUUAC